GAGGCGGAACCGGCCGGCGUGGCGCAGAUCUCGGCUCCGGGAGCACGGAGGACCCCGGGGGCCUGCAGGGGCCGGGGUGUCCCCGCGCCGCGCCCGGCCAUGAGCGCCCCGGCCGAGUGCCCCCCGGGGCCCGGGACCGCGCUGCUCGCGCUGCUGGCCGCGCUGCUGACGGCGGCCCGGGCUGAGGCCCCGCACUUGGUGCGCGUGGACGCGUCCCGCGCGCUGCGGCCCCUGCGGCCCUUCUGGAGGAGCACUGGCUUCUGCCCCCCACUGCCACACAACCGGGCUGACCAGUAUGACCUCAGCUGGGACCAGCAGCUCAACCUGGCCUACGUGGGCGCCGUCCCCCAUGGGGGCAUCCAGCAGGUCCGGACCCACUGGCUGCUGGAGCUCGUCACGGCCAGGUCAGCGGGGCAGGGCCUGAGCUACAAUUUCACGCACCUGGAUGGGUACCUCGACCUUCUCAGGGAGAACCAGCUCCUCCCGGGCUUUGAGCUGAUGGGCAGCCCGUCUGGACGCUUCACCGACUUUGAAGACAAACGGCAGGUGUUUGAGUGGAAGGACAUGGUCUCCCUCCUGGCCAGGAGAUACAUCGGUAGGUACGGACUGGAGCACGUGUCCAAGUGGAACUUCGAGACGUGGAACGAGCCGGACCACCACGACUUCGACAACGUGUCCAUGACGGCGCAAGGCUUCUUCAACUACUACGACGCCUGCUCCGAGGGGCUGCGUGCGGCCAGCCCCGCGCUGCGCCUGGGCGGCCCCGGGGAUGCCUUCCACCCGCCGCCGCGCUCCCCGCUGAGCUGGGGCCUCCUGGGCCACUGUCAGCACGGCACCAACUUCUUCACGGGCGAGGUGGGCGUGCGGCUGGACUACAUCGCGCUCCACAAGAAGGGUGCGGGCAGCUCCAUCUACAUCCUGGAGCAGGAGCAGGAGGCGAUGCAGCAGAUAAAGCGGCUCUUCCCCAAGUUCGCCGACACCCCCGUUUACAACGACGAGGCAGACCCGCUGGUGGGCUGGUCCCUGCCGCAGCCCUGGCGGGCCGACGUGACCUACGCGGCCAUGGUCGUGAAGGUCAUCGCGCAGCACCAGGACCUGCUGGUGGCCAACGGCAGCUCGUCGGUCCGCUACGCGCUCCUGAGCAACGACAACGCCUUCCUGAGCUACCACCCACACCCCUUCUCCCAGCGCACACUCACCGCUCGCUUCCAGGUCAACAACACCCACCCACCGCACGUGCAGCUGCUGCGCAAGCCGGUGCUCACCGCCCUGGGGCUGCUGGCCCUGCUGGACGGGGAGCAGCUCUGGGCCCAGGUGUCGCAGGACGGGGCGGUGCUGGAUGCCAACCACACCGUGGGCGUCCUGGCCAGCGCCCACCGCCCGGCGGGCCCCGCCGACGCCUGGCGUGUCGCCGUUCUGGUCUUCGCGAGCGACGACACCCGCGCUCACGCCAACCGCAGCGUCGCCUUAACCCUGCGCCUGCACGGGGUGCCCCCGCACCCGGGGCUCGUGUACGUCACGCUCCGCCUGGACAACCGGCUCUGCAGCCCGCACGACGAGUGGCAGCGCCUCGGCCGGCCGGCCUUCCCGUCUCCGGAGCAGUUCCGGCGCAUGCGUGCGGCCGAGGACCCUGUGGCCACGGCGCCGCGCCCCUUCCCUGCCAGCGGCCGCUUGACGCUGCGCCCCGAGCUUCCGCUGCCGUCGCUGCUGCUGGUGCACGUGUGCGCGCGCCCCGAGGAGCCGCCGGGCCAGGUGACCCGGCUCCGCGCUCUGCCCCUGACCCGCGGGCAGCUGCUUUUGGUCUGGUCGGAUGAGCUCAUGGCCUCAAAGUGCCUGUGGACGUACGAGGUCCAGUUCUCCCCGGGCGGCCAGGGGUACGCUCCAGUCAGCAGGGAGCCGUCGACUUUCAACCUCUUCGUGUUCAGCCCAGACACGGCUGCCGUCUCUGGCUCCUACCGAGUCCGCGCGGUGGACUACUGGGCCCGGCCGGGCCCUUUCUCCGCCCCUGUGCAGUACGUGGAGGUCCCCGCGCGGUGAGGGCCGCCGCCGACCAGGCGCUGGAGCCGGUGCCACCCCGCGGGCGGGCCCCUCAGCGGGUCGUCAGCUCUGCGCGUCCCUCCCGUCCCAUCGCUCACCCCUUAAAGUGCCUUUCCACACCUCGGUCUUGCAGUCGCCUUUGGGGACAGGUGCGGGCUGCAGCGCCCCUGCCUUGCCCCGCUCGCAGGCAGACCCUUCUCUCGAGCAGGGGCUCCGGGAGGGGCCCGCUGGGCACAGACAAGGCUGAGCCACCAGAGGCGGCCCCUCCAGGUGGGGGGGCCCCGUUCCCAUCCUGCCUUCCACCUGCAGGGGGACCCACCGCCCGCAGCCCAGCUGUGUUGCCCCCUCCACCCUGCCCGGUGGGGGCAGGGCGCGCUCCAGGCUGCCUGGGCCAGCCGCUGAAAAGGCCGACAGGGUGUUGGGUGGCCUUCUUGGGCAUCCUGGUCCCAUUUGUGGGCCCAGAAG